UUGAUCCAAACGCAUCGCGUUAUUUUAACCAAAACCUAAAGCAAUGUUAUGUUACGAACGAGCCGGAGAAGAAGAAUCAAUACAACGAAAGAGUAUUGGAAGUGGAGAACGGAUGCUUCACACCCUUGGUAUUCUCGAUUUAUGGCGGAAUGGGUCGAGAGUGCCAAACAUUCUACCAUCGAUUGGCUGAAGACAUCGCAGCGAAAGAAAAAGCAAAACCUGGGCAAUGUGAUAUCGUGGAUCCGGACGAAACUGAGUUUUUCACUGCUGAGAUUGUGCCUAUUAUGUAUUAGAGGCUCCCGUACGUCAAAUGUCAGGUCAGAGUGCAGUAGAUUGGUUGCUGAAGACAUUGAUGUCGAUCAUCAGCUAGCUAAAAUUUAGAUUUUUUCCUUGUAAUGUAAUCUUUUCUAUGUUCUGUUAUUCUUCCACGUAUAAUGUCUUCAGUCGAAUUUAUAUGUAUUUAAUGUAAUAACUUUUUUUUUAAUGUAUUUUUUUUAUAUCGGUAUAUCUCCGUUGGACACCGGUAAAAUAUAUGUUUCAUCAAGGUUAAAAAAAAAACAUCCUUCUUCAACUAAUGUCGCACGGAGCUGUAGUUAAAAGACACACAACCUCGUUCCUAGCGCCUGUUGUCCUGUAUCAGAACGGCGAGACGAUAAUGUAUCGCUGUUCGGAUGUCAGAAAAGAAUCAAGAUGGGCAUCUUGGGGCGAGGUUGAAAGACACCGUUAUUCUUCAAAUAAUCAAAUCAAAGUGUCAAAAUUGUGACAAAAAGCUUAUGACAAAAGCGUCACACAAAUUAUAAUUAAGUUCAAUUCAUGUCAUGCGAUAAAAUUAGCAAACCUGAAAUCGACGUCAUUGCUAAAAACCGUUAUUUGUUUAUGUGUCUGCCUAAGUAGUGGUGCCCAUAUAAAAACAUUUAUGAAGGGAAAAAGCGGUAACCAAGGCAUUGUUAUUUGCUACUGAUAAUUAAAAGCAAGUGUUACAUAACCAAGUCAAUACGACCGCCUGUUGUGGACAGUUUUAAUCAUUUAAAAUUACAAAAGCUGUUCAAAACAGUUGAACGUUAAUGGAAACCAGGCGAAUAGAUUUUAUUUACAUUUCGUGUGUCACUGUGAAAGUAUAUAAUGCAUACAAGAUGUGAGAAUGGGUACUAUUUUUACUCUUUCUCUUAGCGCGGUAAAGAGUCACAUUAAAUACUAUUUUUCGUGGAGUUUUCUGUUGUUGUUUUAAAUCGGUCGAAUUUUUUUGUUUCAUAAAAACUAUGCCUAAAAGAACGAUGCUUAAAUAAUUUACAAAAGAAAAAAAUGAGAAUAAAUAUGACACAUGUAGCUAAAUAUCACACGAAUAAUUCGGCAGAUCAAAUCUCGUUAAAAUAAAAUUGUUCACUUCGUUGAGAAGUUGUGUUAGCAUGUGUGAAAGUCCUGACUGUAUCGAGUUGUGUUUCAAGCAAGCACAACUUGAAGUGAACGAACAAAUUGAUACGCGUUUGCUAGACGUCGAAGCAUUACGUGAUAGACUGAAACUUCGGCCCGAUAUUUUACUGACACGAGACGAUGACGAAUUUCUCAUACGAUUCCUUCGCUCGCGAAAAUACGAUAAAGACAAAGCUUUCGAGUUGUUGUUGAAUUACAACCAAUUCAGAAGGAAACACUUAUCAUUCUUUAAAUCUCUAAAAGCCUCUUGUUUACGACCGGUAUUUGAUGAUGGUCUGCCCAUGGUAUCUCCUGUGAGAGAUCAUUACGGUCGGAGCCUAAUUUUUUUAUUCGCUGGAAACUGGAACACAAAGUUAUACACAUUUGAAGACAUUCUACGAUCUUUACUUUUAACUGUGGAAUAUUUAAUCGAGAGUGAGCGUACCCAGUUGUUCGGAAUUGUAUUAGUUAUUGAUUUCACUGGAUGGAAGUUAGGCGAUAUGCAACAGUGUAACAAACAGCAUUUGAUAGACGCUGUGAGGGUAUUUCAAGAUUGUUUUCCGGCUCGGUUUAAAGGCAUACAUUUCGUGAAUCAGCCGUGGUAUGUGCGUGUGAUGAUGACGUUGAUAAAACCGAUUAUAAAAGAAAAGCUUGUCAGCAGGAUGUACUUUCAUGGCAAGAAUAUAAUGGAACUUCAACGAUACAUUCAUCCAGAUGCUCUGCCAAGAGAGUUAGGAGGCGAUCUGACUGUACCUGAUAAAUCGUGGUUGUAUAAUGCAUUGCAUGAAAGAGAACUUUUACAAGAGAAAAUACAGAGAAAAAAAUCAAAAAGGCAUAAAAAUUUUAAAUAUUAAUAACCAUUUUGUUUAAAUAUUUAUAUUUUAUUUAUUUAUAUGUAAUAUAUAAUCAUGCAGGUUUAUAA